AUUUUCAAGAUGGCUGCUUCCAUCUCAGGAUUAUUAAAACCUUGGACACCAAGAGUGUUCCUGGUGAGGUGGAGCAGAUACAACCCGUACUAUCUGGAGCCGGAGGUCAGGAAGGAGGCCUACAGCACCCCGGAGACGGAGCUGAGUGCCGAGGAGAAGGAGCAGCAGGAGCUCAAAGCGCUCCGACCCAUCAAGGCAGCAACCAGCGGAGCCACCAGCUCUGUGUUCAGCGACGUGGUCCUCAGUAAAUUCAUCAACAUGAUGAUGACGGAUGGAAACAAGGUUCUGGCCAGAGAGAUCAUGACGGACACCCUGGAGAGCAUGAAGAGGAAACAGGUGGAGAAAUACCACAAAACUCCAGAAGGGAAGAAGGAGGAGAUCGAGUGUAACCCCUAUGCCAUUUUCCACCAGGCUCUGGAGAACUGCAAGCCUGUCGUUGGACUGGCCAGCAUACAGAAAGGAGGAAAGUACUACCAGGUGCCCAUCCCUCUGUCGGACAACCGACGUCGCUUCCUCGCCAUGAAGUGGAUGAUCUCAGAGUGCAGGGACAACAAGCAUCGACGCAUGCACAUGUACGAGAAGCUUUCCCAGGAACUGCUGGCGGCAUCCGUGAACGAGGGCAACGUCAUCAAGAAGAAGUUUGAGCUGCACAAGAUGGCCGAAGCCAACCGAGCCUACGCUCACUACCGCUGGUGGUAGAGAGAGAGAGAGAGAGAAACCCCUCGGGACUGAAAUACAGACAUUCAGGGACCCAUUCUGCCACUCGGAACGCUUCUGUGAAUAACGAACACCGUGAAAACCCUUUUGUUGGAAGGACUACGCUGUAAAAAGUGAGCUGGACUACUGCAUCGUGUACAAUAUACAGACGGCGCUCAACUGUACUGUUAAUAAACACACAAUUAAGGAAAAACUUCCAAGAUUUAUUAGAACAAAUACAUUUGCGUUAAAUGUACAGCCCAACCAUAAAAAAUGGAAUUGAGAAAUGUAAAAGUGUAAUAAAAUAUAUGAACAGAUGCUGCAGUCAGCACUGCGUCCCGUCACCAACUCUUCAGGAUCACUUUCAUAUGUCGUUGAACUUAUCGUGUUUGUUUUAUCAACUUGGUCUGAAGGAGGUGAAAAAAAAAACCUUAAACUGAAAUCCUCAAACUAGAAGAACAUAUUUGGGGAAAUAUAAUACAACAUUUCCUAAAUCCUGACCAUGGCUGGGCUUUUAAUUAAACUAUUUUCCAACACUGAGGUUGAUCUGUCCGCCAAUUUUAUAUUAACCCUUACUUAUUUACAUAUAAUUACAGGAACAGCUUUUCAAAACAAUGCCAUUUCAAAGAGAUGCAACAUUUCUACCACAUGACAUUCGUCUGCUUGUGUCUGAAUCAAAAGGCACAGCUCUGGUUAAAGACUGCGAAGCCGUGAGUGAGAGUCACACAGCAGACUGAGCUCAGCUACAUACGGUGGAGUAACCAGGAACAGGACUUCUGCUGGUUUAUAACUGACCUGCGUACACGUGAACAUAAACAUUCCUCCAGCAGUGGUGAGAGCAACUAAGCACAUUUACUUAAAAGCAAUCGAGGUAAAUAUUGUACUUUCAUUUAUUUGAUAACUUUAGUUCCUAGAUAUUUUUCUGAUUAAUAAUACGAGAUGAGUACUUUACUUUUGGUUACUGUGGUAUUGCUACUUUUAUUUCAGUAAAUUAAACUACAAAUUAAGAGCUUCGUCAAGAAGUGUUGCACGACGCUUUUCUUGUUAUAUUGGCACGAGUUGUUUAACAAAUCAAGUUUGUGAAUCCAGAAAUUUGUUAAAUAUCUGAUUGAUUUAUCUGUAGAAACAAUUUAAAAUAUGAACGGUCACUAAGCUCUUGGUCUUUAGUGUAUUAGUCGAGCUGUAACAAAGAAUUAAAUAAAAGAAGGUCCCUGAAUGAAGACGCUUUAUCUAAUUAAAACAGUAACUCAGGAAUCCUACAGGACCAAUGAGGGAGAAAAGUCCUCUGAACAGCAAUUCAAACCUUUUGUAAAAUGUCAAUUCCACACACAAAUAUUGAUUAUCAAUUAAAUUUAGUCACACAACAAAAAAAAGCAAAGCAAAGACCAGCUUGUCUCUUACUGGAAUGUCUGUUCCAAGUCCUGUGAAUUUGGUAAAAAUUAAGUUGGACUUUGAAAAACUUCUUUAAAACAGGAAUGCCUGCAAGAUCAAU